CCUUUCAUCCCUCACGCAGCAAUCAGAAUUUAGAACAUAAUCUCGUUGAUUGAUCUUCCAUUGUUUUUCAGUUUCCGAUCAAAUGUCACUCAUCCCGAGCUUCUUUGGUGGCCGACGAAGCAGCGCCUUCGAUCCUUUCUCUCUUGAUGUGUGGGAUCCAUUCAGAGAUUUCCCGUUCCCCACUUCUCUCUCUACUUCGUCCUCGGAAAAUUCUGCGUUCAUGAACGCUAGGGUGGACUGGAAGGAGACGCCGGAAGCCCAUGUGUUGAAGGCGGAUCUUCCAGGGCUGAAGAAGGAGGAGGUGAAGGUGGAGGUCGAAGACGACAGGGUGCUUCAGAUAAGCGGAGAGAGGAAGGUGGAGAAGGAAGACAAGAACGAGAAAUGGCACCGCGUGGAGCGUAGCAGUGGGAAAUUCAUGAGGAGAUUCAGGUUGCCGGAGAAUGCAAAGAUGGAUCAGGUGAAGGCUUCCAUGGAAAAUGGGGUUCUCACUGUGACUGUUCCAAAGGAAGAGGUUAAGAAACCAGAGGUUAAGGCCAUCGAGAUCGCUGGUUGAGAAGAAUGAAUUACAAGAUCUAUGCUUUCUGCUGGGCUGGUAUUUCACAAGGUUCGUUCGUCAAAUAUGAUGUUGUGUGUAACAUAAAGCGUCCUGUUUUCUGGUAAUAAUCUAGUUGGGAUGGGUCAGAAAUAAGGUAUACCGAUGUGUGAUGCUGUGAAUUUACUUGUUUUGAUGAGUGUUGGUUUGGUAUAACAUAUUAAUUACCACUCUUUGUUCUGUUGUUAGUAGUAUCAUUAUGCUUGUUAGUUGAUCUCACUCGGUGCUUGAAGUCUUUUUACCAUAGAAGUUCCGAUCAUGAAGUUCCAUUUUGGAUUCUGGGAUGGUGAUAAACGUCGAGUUGGGUAAAAUUAAGUACGGGGGUGUUGUUUGAAAUGCGUUAAUAAUAAGAGUGAUUUGCUU